AUGGCAUUUAAUCCAUCUGCUCUGGAGUCCAUUCCCGAGCAUGAAGCAAUUAUCAUAGUCUCUGACAAAAUGAUGGUAUUGAACAAGCAGACCCGAUUCUCUUUCUGGAAAUGUUCUCACCUGGACUGCAUUGCAUACCCAGGCUCAAAGAGAGCCAUGUUCUGCCGAGCUGUACGGCGACCUCUCUGGGCACUGAUUUUCAUUAUUGGUAUCCUCACUGUUGCAUGGCAAUGCUUUCUUUAUCUCUUCCCAUAUAAUGUCGAGUUGGUCAAUUUCCCCAGUGAACGCCCCUCAAGCCUUUCCGACUGGUCUACUUACGGUGUCAUCCCCAUACCAUGCCACUCGCACAACGACUACUGGCGUCACGUUCCCCUACGAUCAGCACUUCGUGCAGGAUGUAUCAGCGUCGAGGUUGACGUCUGGCCAUGGGGAAACGAGAUUCUAGUCGGCCAUUCACCUUCCACAGUCCUCCGGGGGACACUGCAGAGUCUCUAUCUUGACCCGCUGCUGAAGAUGCUCGAUACACAUAAUGAACCCCCUUCUCACAACUGGCCGAAAGUUAUGAGUCAGGAAAUGGUCGGACUGUUUUCCAAUGACCCAAAGCAGAGCCUGACCUUGCUGAUUGACUGCAAAACGGAAGGUGAUCGGACCUGGCCUCUUCUUGUCGAACAGCUGAACCCGUUUCGUGAGAAGGGCUACUUGACUCACUUUAAUGGCUCUGAUGUUGUAUACGGGCCGAUUACUGUUGUCACCAGCGGAGAUGCACCUUUACAUCAGUUGUUAGAGAACACGACCUACCGUGAUGUCUUUUACGACGCACCUCUUGACAACUUGACCUUUCCUGCCGAAAUAACGGCAGAUGACAACAAAUCAAUGGAUUCCACAUAUAACCCAUCCAACAGCUAUUAUGCAUCUGCAGACUUCCGCACGGCUAUUGGGCCUUUCUCUCUUAGCCGUCUGUCGGAUGUUCAGCUUGCUAUUCUUCAGAGUCAAGUACGUGCAGCUCACAAGUUGGGACUAAAGGUGCGGUACUGGGGCACACCUACCUGGCCGGUUGGACUACGGAACCAUAUUUGGCAUGUACUUGUGCGUGAAGGCGUGGAUGUGAUAAAUACAGAUGACUUGCGGGGUGCAACUAGGCAGGAUUGGAAGCUUCAUCAUUGGUGGCAAUGGUGGGUAUAA